AUGCCACCGAAUAUAUAUAUGGUCGUGAACGGUGAAGGAAAGAGCUUGUAUUGCGCAGAAGAAAUAUGUACUACAAGCUGCCACUACCCCAGGCAAGCACUUACGCCCCCCGACCUCCUGAAUCUCAUUACAUCGCUUUCAUGGAUCACAUCACUAUGUGCCAUGGGUUGA